UCUGUGUUCCUGAAUGUUGGAGCGAGGGUGAAAGAGGAGCCCGCGAGUCUCGGGAGGCUCCGAGGACUGAAGUGUAGAGUGUUUUGAGCAGGAGAAUCAAGGACCACGCCACACGAGCUCUCUCAGAACUCCACGCCUUCUGCUUUUCCUCUCAGCUAUGCUUCCAGAAUCCUCUAUGUGUUUCCAAGAGCAAGAUAAGAUGAAUGAGCCUUCAGAAGGGGUUGGUGUCAUUUGAGGAUGUUGUUGUGUACUUCACCUGGGAAGAGUGGCAAGACCUGAAUGAUGCUCAGAGGACCCUGUACAGGGACGUGAUGCUGGAGACUUACAGAAGCCUGGUAUCCUUGGGCUGCUGCAUUACCAAACCUGAGGUGAUCUUCAAGCUGGAGCAAGGAGCAGAGCCAUGGCCAGGAGAAGAACCCCGACAGCAGAGCCACCCAGAUGUCCUGACUGUCAGUGAACUUAUUGGGAGCAACCAGGAAAGACAAGACAGACAUUUGUGGCAAGUUAUAAUCACCAACAGCAGUGCGUCAACUAAGGAGAGAGUUGAAUUAGGAAAAACAUGUAUUUUCAGCUCAAACCAUAUUUCAAAAUGGAUAAAAGAGAGUGGACACUAUUCAGGAAUUAGAUCUAAUGAGUUUAAUGCAAGCCAGAAUGCACUUCUUCCUAAUGAGCAUGAUGAGAUGAAGGCUGUAGAGGAACCUGAUGACUGUAAUAAAACUGGAAAAUUCCUCAGACAUAGUGAAUAUUUUAGUCAGCACCAUAGGAAUGCUGGGCAGCAGCAUUUUGAAUAUAAUGGAAAAGGAAAAGCCUUCAACACAGAGGACAUAUUAUUUACACAUAAGAGGGUUCAUUUGAGAGAUACCUCCAAUAAAUAUAAUGAAUAUGAGAAAUCCUAUGAUAAGUCAGCUUUUAUUACCAAAGAGACUACACAGGUAGGAAAGAAAACUUUCUGUAAAAACUCUAAUCUCACUAAACAUCAGCAGACAUAUACAGGAGAGAAAACUUAUGAAUGUAUGGAAUGUGAAAAAACCUUCAUGAGCAAAUCAGACCUUAUAAUACAUCAUCAUAGGAUACUCACAGGGAAAAAACUUUAUGGAUGUAAUCGCUGUUUGAAAUCCUUCAGCCGUAAAUCAAAACUUGCUAUUCAUCAGAGAAUUCACACAGGAGAAAAGCCAUAUCGAUGUAACGAAUGCGGAAAAACCUUUCGCCAGAAGUCAGACCUUGGUAUUCAUUACAGAAUUCACACAGGAGAAAAACCCUAUGAGUGUAGUACAUGUGGAAAAGCCUUCUGCCGGAGGUCAAACCUCAACAAGCAUCUGAGAAUUCACACAGGUGAGAAACCCUAUAAAUGUAAUGAAUGUUUGAAAACAUUCUAUUAUAAGUCAGUUCUCAUUGUACAUCAGAGAACUCACACAAAUAAGAAAUCAUGCGAAUAUAAAGAAUGUAGGAAAACUUUCUACCGUAUGUCAGCUCUCAUUGAACAUCGGAGAACGCACACAGGGGAAAAACCCUAUGGAUGUGAUGAAUGUGGGAAAACCUUUUACCAGAAAUCACACCUCAGCAGACAUCAGAAUAAUCACACAGGCAAGAAACGUUUUGAAUGUAAAGAAUGUAAGAAAAGUUUCUAUUAUAAGUCAGCCCUCAGUGUGCAUCAGCGAACUCACACAGGUGAGAAACCCUUUGAGUGUAAAGAAUGUAGGAAAACAUUCAACCAUAAAUCAGCUCUCACUGUACAUCAGAGAACUCAUACAGGUGAGAAACCAUGUGAAUGUAAAGAAUGUAGGAAAACUUUCUACCAUAAGUCAGCCCUCACUGUACAUCAGAGAACGCACACAGGGGAAAAACCCUAUAGAUGUAAUGAAUGUGGGAAAACCUUUUAUCAGAAGUCACACCUCAGCAGACAUCAGAGUAGUCACACAGGUGAGAAACCAUAUGAAUGUAAAGAAUGUAAGAAAAGUUUCUAUCAUAAGUCAGCCCUCACUGUACAUCAGCGAACUCACACAGGUGAGAAACCAUAUGAAUGUGUAGAAUGUAGAAAAACCUUCUGCCAGAAGACAGCCCUCACUGUACAUAAGAGAACUCACACAGGGGAAAAACCCUUUGAAUGUAAUGAAUGUGGAAAAGCGUAUCGUCAGAAGUCACACCUCAGCAAACAUCAGGGAAUUCACACAUAGUAGAUAACCAAAAGAUGUAACGAAUGUGGGAAUACCUUUUGCCAGAAGGUACUGGGGACUUACACAAGGGAGUGAACUGUAUGGCUAGAACUGUAUGUUAUUCACAACAUGCACUCUCUCAUGUCUGGGAGACACGGGCUGUAUUUCCCAGCUUCCCCUUAUUGUGGUUGCAGCCAUGUCACUGAGCUCUGUAGUAGAGUAUGGAUGCAAGUGCUGACCACCACUUCCAGGCCUGGUCCACACAAAAACUUACAUACAGUUCUCCCUGAUAAUUCAUGCACUCUUGAACUGAAGUUCAGAUGACACCCAGCAUGUCCUUGGGAGUUGGGAGAAGGUCACUGUGAUUUAUGACAAAUAAUUGAUUGCAUAGAGCAAAGAUCUUCCCAUCUCUACAUGAAAAUCACGCAUUUGCAGUUUUCGUGAGUGAUAAAUAAAUUCUUCUUUGUUGAU